AUUCUGAAAAGGAACGUGAUAGAAUGAAAUGCAUUAAAUCCAAAGGACAGCGCUAUAAUGAGAAUGAUAAUUCUUAUUGCUUUGUUAAUUGGCUGUGUCCCCAUGACAUGGGCAUUUUUACCCUCCAAGGAAAGCACUGACGGGCGAGCAGAUUACACCCAUGCCAGCAUCACUCAGGCCGCCAUCUACUAUGCUACUGCUGACGUUAUAGCUAACGUCAUAGAUCCGGGAAAAUACAACACUUCUGAUCCCGACAGCACCAUCGAUACUUACUUCGACCGGGACGGACUGAUUCACUUUGCUAAAACGGUGAUUGAUAUCGUGAACAGCAACAACGAGGCCCAGAGAAUUUACAGGGAUGACGCAUCCAGGACGAUGAACUGCGAACAGAUUGUUGCGGGAAAUCUGCUCCUCCAAACUUUGAGAGAAAAUAUAAUAAAACAAUCACUGGCAACCGAUCCACAUUGGGACGCUGUGAGAGAUUUAAUUGGUGAAUAUUUCUUUACACUGCAAGAGUUCUACAGCAACACUAACUGGGUUGAAAUGUUUGGUAAUCGAGUCUGUCAAGAACUGGGUGUCUCAGGAACGUCACUUCCAUUGAACGUGUCUGAUCCAAACACGGUCACGUGUGUCAAUUGCAAUUACUCCAAAGAGGCAGUUGAGGCAUUUUCUUGCGUUGAUAAUAUGCGAUCAGAUGGUCAACUUCUCACUAGCGGCUACACCAGCUACCAGCACAUCAAUAAACCGAUAGGUAAUUUUCCGUUUGGCAUGGGGAAAUGCAGUCACGGAGGGCCAUACGAUAGUAGCAAGGACGUACCAGCGACAGGUGGUAUUAACAAGGAAACGUCUAGUCCAGAGUUAUCUCCCCAUUUUAACCUUCAUCAACAGGCGGGCCAGGCAGCCAUACAAGCCACUUACGAAUUCCUGGUCGGAAAUGGUACUGGACUACUUUCAAUUUUGGGGCUUAGCAAAUUCAAAGAAGUGUUUGGGAUGGCCUACAAGAAUCCGUGCUACAACUGUUUGGCUCCGGGCCUGUCUGUGGUGUUUGUCAUUGAUGAUACAGGGUCCAUGAGUGAAGAAAUAGGAAGCGCAACUAAAGUCAGUGUAGAUAUUGUCAACCAAGCUUCCCUUCUUGGCCCAAAUGGGCCAUCUAACUACAUACUGUCGACGUUUAACGAUCCAGAUACCACGAUUCGGAAGACAAAGGAUGGAUCCGAGAUGAAGCAAUGGCUUCAUGGGAUGACGGCACAUGGGGGUGGAGACUGUCCGGAAAUGGCGAUGGCAGGCAUUGUAAACGCUGCAAAGAUGGCGAACCCAAACUCCUGUGUGUUUUUCUUCACCGAUGCUGAUGCCAAAGAUCCAGAAAGACUGGACGAGGUCAUCAAUUUAAUUAACAGCAAACAUAUGAAAUUUGUGUACUUUCUGCGAGGACAAUGUGGACGAAAGCGUCGAUCUGCCUUUACUGUUCCCCAAAAUGUCCAAUGUAUUCCGAACGAUAUGGCAGGGAGCACGGGAAGGAGACGUCGGGGAUCUGGUGGGUUUGAUUUAUUCGACAAAAUAGCAUCUGCAACAGGAGGGCAAAUCAUACACACAUCUUCGUCUUCUCUAGGGAGCAUUCUUGGAUCAUUUGUAAAGAAUAAUAUGGGAGUGUCAGCGUUGGAGGUAUCAUCUUUUGAGACAUCCCCUGGAUCUAUACAUACUAUAGCAGCAGAUUCCGGUCUCUCCUUAAUGACAGUAAAAAUAGAGCAUCUGACGUCUGCUUCAGAGUUGGUGUUAAACCGACCUGAUGGUACAUCUCAAAGUUUUACUGGUACAUCUUCUAUAGAUAUCAUCGGAAGUACUACCAUGAUUUCCAUCCACAAUCCACCUCCGGGAAAUUGGACACUUCAUAAUGGAGGGAGGACGACAUGGAAAGUGAAAGUAGGCGGCAGUGGGGACAUUGAUUUUACUUAUAAGUUCAUGGAAAACUCAGGGGGAUUAAAGUAUCCAAUCAGUGGAACCAGUCCUAUCACAGGCUCAAAAGUGAUCAUCAGCGUUAGCGUCAGUGACAUGACUCCAACAGCAUAUAUAACGGACAUCAUCCUCAGAAAACCGACAGGAACCAUACUAUGUGUACUUCCGGUUACUGAUACAUCGAGGGCCACCAACCGAGACAUCUACGCUUAUUAUAAUGUCGAUUCAGAAGAGUUUUACGUAAGCAUUAAUGGGAGCGUAAAAUCUGAAAUUUUCACGCGAGAGAAGUCAGACAUUGUGACGCCUGUAACUGGGAAGAUUCAGUUUUCUUCUAAACCAGAGAAACUGGUACUGAGAGAGUCAACAAUAAUUAAAGUCAACGUAACAAACACGGGGAGUACAACUCAGUCCUAUCACGUGACUGCCACUUCCUCCCCAACAGGAUUCGUCAUCAGGCCUACUCACACAGUAUCCGUUGAAGCUCAUGAAAGCCAAGAAAUGAAUAUAGAACUGGUAGCCCCGACUCCGUCAAUUGUAACCCUGUCCGUGAAACUAAGCAUUAGUGGAGAGACGUUACAAUCCAUCAGGAGAACGCUCACGGUGAGUGAAUUACCUCCUCCAAAUAUUGUCCCAGUCAAUAGAACGGUAAACUGUCUAAAAGAGAUGAUGAACUACAACAACUGUACCAAACAAACCUGGACUGUCGUCAUGAGAGUAGAAUCCAAGUCCAACCUGAGUAAACUCUUUGUUACACCAAGCGAUGUUCAGUUUAAAUACCUAAAGACAGCAACAACUUCUCCAACUUGUGUGUCAACAUUAAGUGGAAACUGCUGCUCGUACCUAUCACGAUUGACAGUGAUAGAUGGACAGGGAAACAUGAAGAUGGAAUCCAUCGACAUGUCAGGAGGUAAUAUCUUUAAUACAACAGUGGAGGACUUUGAUUUUCUAAGCAAGCCCACCGUGAAUGAGAAGAUGAAUCUUUCAAACAUGUCUAAGGUAGACUCAGUUGUGAUUCUGGAAUUGAUCGGCGCCGGAGCCGCUUGUCUCAUUGCAAUUAUCGUCAUAGUGUCUCUAGCUGUUCAUAUUAAGCUAAAACAAAGGAAAGCAUUCAAGAGCAAAGAGGGAAAGAAGAAGCGGAUGACUGGCGCUACUGUGGAGCAUGCAAAGAUAAAUCGCAGAAUUAUGUUUGCUUUGGAUUAUUCUUUCUUGCCUUCUGAAGAGAGCAGUGAUGGAAGGGCAGAUUACACUCAUGCUAGCAUCACCGAGAAGGCUAUUUACCACGCUGCUUCUGACGUCAUACUUAGCAUCGCCAAUACCAGAAAACACAGCGCCUCUGAUAUUCGUGACACUCUAUCUAAAUACAUCGACCGAGACACGUUAUUAAACUUCGCUAAAGCUGUGACGGAUAUCGUGAAUGAAAACAACAUGGCUCAAAGAAACUACAUGGACGAUGCUUCAAGAACGAUGACCUGCGAACAGAUUGUUGCAGGUGCAACUGGUAAAUUUCUCCCUUUGAAUGUCUCCAGUCCCGACAUGGUCACAUGCAUCAACCGUAACUACUCCAGCAACUUUCCGCCCGGUAUGGGUAAAUGUAGUCACGGAGAUCCACGUGAUGAUAGUAAACAUAUUCCAGCAACAGGGGGACUAAGUAAGGAAACGUCAAGUCCGGAGUUGUCUCCUCAUUUUGACCUCCAUCAACAAGCGGGUGAAGCUGCCAUUCAGGCCUCUGUUGAUUUCUUUAUCGGAAAUGAUUUUGAUUGGUCUUCGAAAACCAAUACAAAAAUAAAAAAAACAAAAAAAAAACAUAAAAAGAUAACACGUGAAGGUUUAAUUAGCAUGUCUUUAUUAGACACUGGACUUUUAUCGGUACUGGGACUAAACACAUUCAAGGAGCUACUGGGUAUAAAUUACAUAAAUCCGUGCUACAACUGUUUCACACGGAGCCAGUCUCUGGGGUUUGUUGUUGACGAUAAGGGAUCCAUGAAUGGCGAUAUCAAAGAUGCAGCUCAACGUAGCAUUGAAAUUGUUAACCACGCCGUUCUUGUUGGAUCUAACGGAACUUCCGACUACGUUCUCUCAACUUUCAAUGAUUCAGACACCACGAUUCAAAAAACCGCAAGCGGAACAGAAAUGAAGUUGUGGCUACAUGUGAUGCGCACUCAUAACGGAAGUGAUUGUCCAAAACUUACACUGACUGGGUUAAUUAAUGCUGUAAAGAUGUCCAGAUCUGGCUCGUGCUUGUUCGUCUUUGCUUGUGCAGACAAAAAUGACAAAGACAAAGAACACGAAAUUAUCAAUUUAAUCAACAACAAAAGUAUGAAAGUUAUUUAUUUCCCGCGAGAACAACAUGGCGGACGUAGACAUCCAUAUGUUUUAAACCUUUCCGGAAAUAAACAUUGCAUCCCGAAAGUUGGCAUGAAAGGUAGAAAACGACGUGGCCUUGGGGGCUUUGAUUUAUUUGACAAAAUAGCUUUAGCAACCGGAGGACAAAUUGUACAUACCUCUUCGUCAUCUCUUGGGAGCAUUCUGGGAAGUUUUGUGACAAACAACAUGGGAGUCAAUGUUAUAAAAGUCGUUUCCUUUGAAAUGUCCUCCGCAUCGGUACAUCCAAUAUCUGUAGACGCCGAACUAUCACUGAUGACAAUAAGAAUAGAGGGAUUAUCAUCUGUAUCUCCUCUCAAACUGGAUCGGCCAGAUGGUACAGGUCAAAUAUUUUCCGGUACAUCCUCCAUUGAUGUCAUUGGAAGGACAACUGUAUUAUCCAUACAGAAUCCGCCCACUGGAACUUGGAUGUUGCACAAAAAAAGAGCAGGCACCUGGAAAGUGAAAGUAGGCGGAAGUGGGAGCAUCGAUUUCACUUAUAAACUCAUGGAAAAUGUACAUGGAUUGAAAUACCCUAUUAGUGGAACUAGUCCGAUUACAGGAACAAAUAUCAUUAUCAGUGUAACAGUUACUGGUUUACCCGCUACAUCACGUGUAACUGAUAUAAUUCUAAAGAAACCUAAUGGAGAUGUCCUUAACGUACUUCCGGUUACAGACACAUCUAGAGAUGCCAGUCGUGUUCUCUUUGCUGAGUAUGACGUAAAAUCAGAGGUGUUUUACGUCAGCAUCAAUGGUAGUUUAAAUACUGGAACAUUUACUCGAGAAGUAUCUGACGUCAUCACCCCUGUCACUGGAAAUAUUCAGUUCCUAUCCAAACCAGAGAAGGUUGUCGUAGGAAAACCCACAAUGGUGACGGUCAGCGUUACAAACACAGGCAGUGUAGCUCAAACGUUUCAGGUGACUCCUACUUCCAUCCCUAUGGGAUUUAUUACUGGGUCCUCCAAAACCGUGUUAGUAGAAGCUCAUAGCAGUCAGGAAAUGAAUAUCACAGUCACCGCUCCAUCUUUGGAAUUGGCCCUUCUGACAGUUACAUUAAAUCAUGGAGGAUCAACUUUGCAAACCAUUAAAAGAACUAUUCAGGUUGCAGAGGUUGCACCGCCUCAGAUAACGGUAAAGAAUAGGACAGACGAUUGCGGACAGCAUAUGAUGAAUUAUUUUAACUGUUCCCAUCAGCAAUGGUCACUUGUCAUGGAUAUCACAUUCACAGUCAACAUGAGCAAACUCUUUGUGACGCCUAGUGAUAUUGAGUUUCAAUAUGCUAACAGUUUGUUCAAUUCACAAUCAUACCUGGGUACUAUUAGUGGAACUUGUUGUUCAUACCGAUCUAGAGUAACAGCCGUUGAUGUAAACAGUAACAUGAAAACCGUGCACUUCGAUUUCUCAGGAGGAAAUGUAUUUAACACAACUGUUCAGAACUUCGAACAUCUCGUGAAACCAUCAGUUGGAAAGAAAAAGCUGUCAGUUGAUAUGAACAGUAAUUCACUGUAUAAACUUGUCGGUGGAGUGGUGGGAGGUCUUGGUGUCGUUGCUGUUAUUGUGUCGAGCCUGCUAUACUUCUACAAGAGAAACAAACAAGCCAUGGAGAAAACCAGGGUGGACCCCCUGUCAGAUCUGUGUUUGAAUGUUCCAGUCAGGCAUGUCGAAAAUAAUAAGAGAUUGAAAUUCGUGAUGAAAUAAAAAAAAAACACAAAAAAAACCUCUGCAAUGUCACACACCUUUACUGAUUGGAAAUUUAUGCUUUAUAUUUUGGGCUGAAAACAUUGUAUAAUCAUAUAUAAUUAUCCUAUAUGUGUGAAUACGGCACCGGUACCAGUUGAUAAGGUUCAGUAAUGUUUCAUAUGUGAUCAUCCAAAAUUCAAAAUGGUCAUUGUAGUAAUAUGUCACUUGGAGAAAUAAAGCACAGAAAUAAAAUAGAAAAUAUUCAUUUUUUACCUUGAGGUUUAUUUUAUAGCCGUUGGACCUUAGACUCUGUAUUCGUCUGAAAUUUCACCUGAAUAGUCUUUCAAUAUAAUGGGUUGUUCACAAAGAUACGUCUAAUAGUUUCCUUCAGCUGAUCUUUAGACAGGAAUAUAUUUGGUUGUCAUUUUUCAAUUCUCGUUACAGUCUUAACCAGAUCUUUUCAAUUAUAUUCAAAACCGAACUCUGCGCAGGUUAAUCUUGGACUAAUAAUGCUUUGUGAAUGGAAGUGUCGUCGUCUUGAAGUAUAUAAUUAUUUUUAGGAAAGACACGUACUAUAACUGGCCAAAGUUGUUCAUCAAUUAUAUCAAUGUAUUUUUGAUAUUUACAGUACCUUCGACAACAGUCAUCCCCACACUGUCGAAAAUAAAUACAGCCUUAUCUCAAAACUAAACUGUGGCGUUGGGUGUUAGGAGAUUCAACAAGGCAAUCCCAUUUCGCCCACUUUUCUCCAUAUACAACACCAUUGCCAGUCCAAACAUCCAUUUUGCAAUAAUCACUAAAUGACUCUGUUUCGGCAUUUAUGUUUGCCCAACUAUCUAUUUUGUGUUGCUUAUAGAAGUUUUUAGAUUGAUCACUGUUCGUUAUCUUUACCUUUCAUCUACAAUUUUGUAUACGGUGCCGCUACACCAGGAUAGUUGUGGUUUUCUCUUCGCCACUCUGAUGCUAAAGCGCACUACUCUUCUUUCUGUAUGAAUUUCGAUGGAUAUUCUUUUUUAUGUAGCAGAGCGCCUACCUUUUGUUGAAAAAACUAGUCGAUGACGAGUAUCUCUUUCUACUUUAUUUUACUAACCAUAAAAGCCCCCGACCUUCUCUGUCACUUUACGUCGCUUAUUUAUCUUUCUUUGAAUGGUUUCUACACUUCCCCGCUUCUGAUACUGGUCAAUUACAGAUGUAAUUGUAGGACGGGAUAUGUCUAAUCUUCGAAGUAAUUCCAAAUGUUUUAAUGCAGACAGGUACAACGAAAGAGUGAUUUAGUUUAAAUCAGUACUCAGUUGUUUUUUUCGCGCGGUAGCCAUUUUAAUUAUAUUAGAAGUACACAGCAGACGGAAAUAAUUCUUGGUAUAUUGAAUAUUGAUCAGUGGAUUUUCUAUGAUAUAGUAACUUGCUUGUUGCACAACCUAUCCUUUGCGAAAAAUUCAUUUGUAUUACUAAUCAGUGCCACAAAACCAUCAUUAUUUGGGCUCUAAAAAAUUAUAAUCCAUAAUCAUAUUUUGUAUUUUAUCCACACUUCAUUUCCUCGAGGUAUCAGACACGCUAUUUCAUGACAUAAGUUAAGUAGUUCUUGAUUAAUUUCUUCAGUUUCAUCCACUAAAUGAUAGAACUGAAUUUCGGAUAUUAACUGGUUGUGUACUGUAAAUAUUCUAACAAUCGCUUUUUGAAUUUCUGGUAUUCAAUGACAUGUUAUCAUUUUAUGUUAGGUUACCGCUUUUUUGUUGGUCUUUUUUCUUCUGUUUCCUUUAUUCUUAUUUCCCUUUCUAGAAUUGUUCACUGGUAUAAAGACAGGUUUGGUAUGUCAGUAAAAAAAAAUUUCUUACGACGUACAAGUGGCCAAAAACUCACUACAUUCCCGGAAAUAUUACUGUGGCGAUGCUAUAAAC